AUGGAGAGGACCUGGGUGUUGACCAACAUGACCAGAGUCCAACAGUUUGUCUUGCUGGGUUUGUCCACAAGGCCAGAAGUAAGAGAUGCCCUAUUUGCCAUCUUCCUCACCCUCUACCUGCUGACCGUCCUGGAGAACACGCUCAUCAUCUAUCUCAUCUGCAGUCACAGUGAGCUGCACAAACCCAUGUACUUCUUCCUGGGCAACCUGAGCUGCCUGGAGAUGUGCUACAUGUCAGUGACCAUGCCCAGCCUGCUUGUGGGGCUGUGGAAUGGACCCUACCACAUUUCUUUCACAGCUUGCAUGACCCAACUUUUCUUUUUUAUAGUCCUCAUCUGCACGGAGUGCACCCUGCUGGCCUCCAUGGCCUAUGACCGCUACGUGGCCAUCUGCCGCCCCCUCCUCUACCCACUGCUCAUGCGGCCCCAGACGUGCUUGGGCUUGGCCAUGGCUUCAUGGCUUGGUGGGCUGGUGGUUUCGGUGGCCAAGACGACAUGCAUUGCCAGCCUCUCCUACUGUGGCCCCAAUGUCCUUAACCAAUUUUUCUGUGAUAUCUCCCCUCUGCUCAACCUGUCCUGCACCCACGUGGCCCUGACUGAGUUGGUGGACUUCAUCUCCGCCAUCGUCAUCUUCUGUGGAACUCUGCUAGUGGCUUUGGCCUCCUACUUGGCCAUCGGGGUGGCUGUGCUGAGGAUGCCUUCAGCUGCUGCCCGGCACAAGGCCUUCUCCACCUGUGCCUCCCACCUGGUUGUCAUGGGCAUCUUCUACUCAGCAGCUCUCUUCAUCUACUGCCACCCCAGUCGCAUCAAAUCCAUUGACCUCAACAAGGUGUUGUCAGUCAUCUACACGGUGCUCACACCCACGUGCAACCCCAUCAUCUACUGCCUGAGAAACAAGGAGGUCCACACAGUGCUGUGGAAAUCUCUCCACCAGCCGUGA